AUGGCGACUUCUAUUUACGAUCUGCUGGGUGUUAUCGCCGACUUAGACGCAGCACUCAGCGACAACACCGUCGACCGCAAGCAGGCAAUUCCGACACAUUUGAAAACAGUUGACAAGCUUAAUUAUCGUGUUCCUGAUUUUAAACCAGAUUUAGACUGGUUGAAUGUCUCAGAGCCUUUGACAUUUAGUAAUCAUCUGAAAGGACAAAUUGUAAUCUUAGACUUCUUCACCUACUGCUGCAUCAACUGCAUGCACAUAUUACCAGAUUUAGAAGCUGUCGAGAAGGAGUUCCCACCACAAUCUGGCGUGGUCGUAAUAGGUGUGCAUUCUGCAAAGUUUCUCAAUGAAAAAGUGACUGCCAAUAUACUUAGUGCUGUGCUGAGGUACAAUAUUCAGCAUCCUGUAGUCAAUGACAGUGAUGCACAAAUGUGGCAGGCUCUGGCAGUCUCCUGCUGGCCAACACUGGUAUUUUUAGGCCCAUCAGGUCAGCUGAUCUACUCCCUGGCCGGCGAGGGUCACAGGUCAUGGAUUCUGGAAUUUCUUCGUCUAGCGGUAGAGCACUAUUCUUCUCACUUACAGCAUCACAGCUUGCCACUCAGCCUCGAAAGACAUAAAACUCCAGUUUCCAGCUUAAGUUUUCCAGGGAAGGUGUGUUUUUGGCCAGAGAGAGACUGGCUGGUGGUUGCAGAUACUGGAAACCACAGGAUUGUUGUUGUUGACAAGUCAGGUGUUGUUCAGUUUGUUGUAGGCAGUGGUCAUUCAGGACUGAAAGAUGGGGAUUUCACCAGUGCUGAGUUCUCUGCACCUCAAGGAGUUACUUGUGACCAGAGCUGCAUCUAUGUUGCCGAUACAGGUAACCAUUGUGUGCGCAAAAUUGAUCUGGAACUGAAGAGAGUGGUUACUUUGGUAGGAACAGGACUGCAAGGAACGGACAAGGAAGGAGGAAAGCAACAUAAAGACCAGGAGAUUGCAUCACCAUGGGAUGUCGUUCUAGGACCAUCUCUGGACGAAGGUUCUCCAGUGUUAUUUAUUGCAAUGGCUGGCACUCAUCAGAUUUGGGUAUACUUCUUCAAGAACAGCACAUGGUAUCAUGGAAAAUCAUAUGCUACUGGAACAUGCAUACGAUUUGCUGGCAGUGGACAAGAGGAGAACAGGAAUAACUCAUACGCAGAGAAAGCAAGUUUUGCCCAGCCAUCAGGUCUGGCUUUCUCCUUCAAAGAUCCUAGCCGAAGAUUGUAUGUGGCUGAUAGCGAGAGUUCUUCCAUACGUACAGUUUCCCUGGCUAAAGGUGCUGUGGCAGGAUUGGUUGGCGGUGAACGGGACCCAAAGAACCUUUUUGCUUAUGGAGAUGUUGAUGGGAAAGGCUUUCAGGCAAAACUGCAACACCCUUUAGGUGUCGCUUACUUGAAUGGAAAAUUGGUGGUUGCUGAUUCAUAUAACCACAAGAUUAAGCUCAUUGAUUUGGAAACUCUGAUGUGUACAACAUUUGCUGGUACCGGCCAUCAAGGUUCAACACUUGACACAUCAGAUUUAACAAAAUGUCAAUUCAAUGAACCAGGAGGCGUUGCUGUUGAUGAACAUGACCAGAUGAUUUAUGUCGCAGAUACCAAUAACCAUGCCAUCAAAGCCAUCAGUCUCGUUAAAAAGACUAUUUAUCAGCUCCCAAUUGUUUUCCCUAGUGACAAAGAAGCAAAUAACAACCCAGAAAAGAAUACUUCAUCUUCACAGUUGCUUGGAAAUAGCAGAUUACCAAGGGAUGAAGCAGUGCCUUUGCCUGAUGUUACUGUGCCUACAUCAAGUCGCACAGUAACCCUGACAGUGCCUUUGAAGUUGCCUGAUGGGUCACAUAUCAAUAAAGAUGCACCAAAUAGCUGGAAAAUUUGCAGUUUGGAUGAGCCGAGUGCAAAUUUACUGGAUCAGAAGGGAAAUCUUCAUUCUGUUGCCAGUGAUGGAUUGUCUAAGGGACUUGCUGCCUUGACCUUCACCUUACCACAGGGUAUCACGCCAGGUGUGUACACCAUCAAGGUCACUGUCCAGAUUUUUGUCUGCUUAGAUGAGGAGGAUGUCUGCUUGCCACCAAGUCUGGCUCAUUUCAAGCAAGUUCUGAAAUUAACAUAG